UCGCAAUUUUCGUCGGCCAGUCCUUUAUCCAAAGGGCUGGCCUUGGCGCACAAGUACGAAGGAAGCCAAACCCGAUGGCGAUCAAGUAGGCUGGCGGUCGGAUGCAACAACUCCUUGAUCGCUAUAUCGAAGGCAUGCCGGUUUAUUUCGCACCUCAUGCAUGCGAACCGAUGGCAUUUGACGUUUUGGAUACAGACUUUGACAUCAUUUUGGGGAUGCCUUGGCUUGCAAGUGCGGACCACACGGUCGACUUCCAUCGGCGGACACUUACUGUUCGCGACGCCUUUGGCGCCGAAGUGUCGUGUACUAUUACCCUUCCGCACCCUUCGAUUUGGUGCCAAGUUGUGACGGCCAAGUCUUUUCGGGCCACUUGCGCUUACAAGCAGACCGAUGAGAUAGGCCUAUGUUUUCUUCGUACCAUCACGACCACUGAAUCUUCACUUACGGACUUAUCUUCGGGCCCCCGAGUGGUGCGGUUGCUCGACGAGCUCACCGACAUCUUCGAGUCUCCUACCGGUGUGGUGCAGGAUCGGCUGAUCUCCCAUGAGAUCAUUCUUGAGGCUGGUGUGGUGUCGCCGAAAGGAUGCAUUUAUCGCAUUAGUGAGGAAGAGCUUGCGGUUCUCUGUGCACAACUCGAUGAUAUGUUGGACAAGGGCUGGAUCCGCCGUAGUAGCUCACCAUAUGGUGCUCCAAUUCUCUUCGUACGCAAGAAGAACAAGGAUCUUCGUUUUUGCAUCGACUACCGCAAGCUCAACACACAAACCAUCAAGAAUGCGGGACCACUUCCGCACAUUGACGAUCUUCUCGAGCGUUUGGGCGGCGCAAAAAUAUUCUCAAAGUUGGACUUAAAGUGGGGCUAUCAUCGACUCUUGAUAUGCCUGCAAAAUCGCUGCAAUCCGUAUUCAAGAAGCGAGUUAUUGGCCUUCGUACACGUGUUCAAGCACUGGCAGCAUUUUCUUCUCGAUCGACGACAAUACCGAUGGGUAACAAAUAACAAUCCGUUGGUCUUCUACAAGACCCAAGACACGGUCAAUAGCACCAUCGCCCGUUGGAUGGCCUUUAUCUACCAGUUUGACUUUUUCCCCAACCACAUUUUGGGAAAGUCAAACCGUUUUGGGGAUGCCCUUUCACGGCGUCUGGACCAUUGUGCUGCCGUCUACUCGACUCCCGAGAUGGACGACGACUUGCGGGACAGCUUCAUCCGUGGCUACCAAGCCGACCCUGAGUUUCACGAGAAGUACACAAAUUGUUCCUCUCCCAAUCCGGCGCCAAUCACAUUGUCGGAUCCAAGAGGGAUAUUUGCUCGUCCACUUGCGCAGGAAGGAUCUUCUUUGCAUGCCGAGGGAUUCACACUUGCGCACUCGGCUUCUUGGCGAGUUCCACGAUGCUCCCGCCACCGGACAUUUGGAGUCAAUCGUACGAUUGGCCGACUUCGCAAACCCUUUUGGUGGCCCGGUCUUCUCGACGACGUCACACGCUAUUGCGAGUCAUGCGAGGUUUGCCGACAUUGCAAAUCCCGCAAUCAUAGUCCGUACGACGAGUUGCGACCAUUACCGGUCCCCUUGCAUCGAAAGGAAGCGAUUGCCAUGGAUAUUACCGGGUCAUUCCCCAAGCACAAGACGGGUGUGGAAGAGAUUCCCACGGUGGUCGACCGACUCACCAAGUUUGCCAUGUUUUUCCCUUGCCAUUAUCAUGCCGAGGCACCAGAAUUGGAGGAGGUUCUCUACACCGGUUGGAUUCGAACCAAGGGUUACCCCAAGGAAAUCGUUUGCGACGGCAACACUCGGUGCAUGUCCGAUUUCUGGUUGGCGCUCACCAAACGAUGGGGCUCAUCUCUCAAGCUGAGUUCGACUCGCCACCCCCAAACCGAUGGCCAAACGAACAGGGCGCAUCAGACCGCACAGGUUCUCCUUCGCACUCUCAUCCAUCCUGACCAAAAGGAUUGGGUUGAGCGGCUGCCAGAUGUCGAGCUGGCAUACAACUCGUCCAUUCAUCCGACUAUCGGGAUGUCGCCCUUUGAGUUUGAGCAUGGCUCGCCGGUCACUUCUCCGUUGGACACGAUUAUCCCACGAGCGUCCGAGAGAGACGACCAUCUUCUCUUCAUUCGUCGGAUGCAAGAGCUUCUUGUCAAGGCACGCGACCAGAUGUCGAAGACGAAGCAACGUAUGAGUCAAAAGGCCAACCACCAGCGUCUUCCUUGUCCGUUCCAUGCCGGCGACCGCGUUUGGGCCGCUGCGGAGUUCAGCCUCGAGCAAGAUAUCACUCGCAAGAUCCUUCCGAAAUGGAUGGGGCCUUGGCCCAUCGCGGCACCCGCUGGGGAUGCACCCGAAGGGCCCUCCCUUGUCAUUCAGGUGCCCGCCCACUUGCCCGUCUACGCAGUCUUCCAUUGUUCUAAGUUAGCGCUGUUCACUCCAGAAGAACACGACGACUUUCCUGGGCGACGAUCGCAAGACCCACCCUCUAUGGACGGUUUUCAAGAGGUUGGUGACAUCAUCUCCCAGUGAUGCUACGACAACAGGCUGACAUAGUACUUGUACAUUUCUCUUAUUGUAGCCAUAAGGCUGACUGUUCGUUGACCCAUGCGGAACUUC